AACAGGCUACACUGCCAACAUUGUUCUCUUACAAUAGAAAACCAAAACGAGGAGCUCGUAGAGCACAUUCCCCUCUGCGAACACCUUCGGACUAAAUGUUUGAUCAUCUUCUCGACAACAUUUGAUUUCUAAAAAUCUGGGAAUAAUGUUUUCCUAUUUUAUUUUUCUGGUCGCCUCCUCAGUUACUUUUCUGUGCACCCACCAAGUGUCCAGUCAAGAUUCUAGCUGCACAGAGAAUCCUGUGUUCACUCCAUCUGCACUGGUAGUGAAGUACGGUGACCCAGCCAAUGUUACAUGUGUUGUAUGUCAGAAGGACUGCAGUGGAGAUGCUUCAGGUUUGGAGCACCCUGUGGGAAAUGUUUCACAAAAUGGAUCCACGAUGUUCUGGACAGUUGACAGACUGACUGAAUGGGAAUUAUCUCUACUGUGCUAUCAUACCAAUGAUGCUGGCGAUCAGUGUGCAAGCAUUCUGAAUCCAACUCUUUAUCAGCCUCCAGAAAGUGUCUCCAUCAGCUUUGUAAACCACACUGAGAUGAUGUUUGAGAAUCAGCAGUACACCCUGCAGUGUAGCGUACAGAACGUAGCUCCUGUUCAAAGCCUCAAUGUGACCUUCUACAGAGGAAACACAGCACUGGGUCACCUACAGUCCAACAGUGAACAUAAGAAACCCGUGAAUGAGACCUUCACUCUGAACAUCACCCCCAGUAGAGAAGAUGAUGGAGCCCAGUACUGGUGCGAAACCAAGCUGGAGCUGAGACCAGCUGGACCACAGCCCCCUCCAGUGGUGACAUCAGAAAGUGUCAAUGUUACAGCCUACUUUCUAAAAGCCGUCGGCUCGGCCUCGGCUAUCGCCUUCAAUGUGACGGCCUACCAUCGCUCGCUGCGCUCCUUCCUGCCUGCCAAAGAAAACCAGAACAUAACCUCAUCAGUCAUCUACUUCAUGUGGAUCCUGGUGCUCUUCUCUUCUCGUCUCACUGCCCCUCGCUCUUUUCGCCUCCUCUUUCAUCCAAACCCCGAAAAAGACAACACAGAGCAACAACCCGAAGAUGAGGUGGGAUUUUGUAUGCUUGUCCCUGCACCAAAGAUUGCAGACCACCGUCCAUCCUCCCCAUCAGCACACUGCAAUAAAAGAAUGAGGAAGUUGGCUGAGAACGUCUACUGCUGA